AUGGCGUGGCAAUCGCGCGUGCGCGAUAUGGAACGCGCGUACGAGCAGUCGACGACGUCGAUCGCGACCGCUCGUCGACGCGGCGCGACGAAGUCGCGCGACAUUGGUCGCGGCUUGCAGAAAGAUUACGUCAAUAUGAUCCGCGACGACGUCGAAUCCGCCUCGGGCGAUCGCGCGAAAACGUUCGCGACGAACGGUGUUUCGUCCUCGACCGCCGCGGCCGCGGACUCGGGGACGCCGAGCAAAGAUCCAGAGCUAAAAGUUAGAGACGGCGACGUCGGCGCGAGCGUCGACGACGAGAGCGCGCGCUCUGGGCGCGAAGACGUCCCGGGACUGGAUGAUUUCGGCCCAGUCGCGGUAGAUGAUGAUGAAGAACCCGUGCUGACGCGGUUGAAACCGAACGAGGACGUACGGCGGCCGAGUCUGUUGUUGAGGGCGCUAGAUUUUUCGCGUCGCGUCGGCUUGAUUGGCGCGUCGAUUUUGUUUGGGAUAUUUCUCGUCUUUGUAGCGAUGUCGGUGUACGAAGAGAUGCAAACGAGUGGAAACCACGAUCCACUGAGACCGAAGUUCGCGCCGGGGGUUGCGGUGACGGUCGACGAGCGGACGGUGGCUGAGGAAGCGGCGGCGCGAGGCGAGAGCGCGAAGAAUGCGUUUUUAGACGUCGAACGGGAAGCGGGCGUGGACGGCGCGAGUGCGAUGAACACGUAG